AUGGCAGCAGGUUUGCCUCGUAGAAUAACCAAGGUAGGCUUAUGGACAUGCGAUUUUACCAACGAGCAAACAAAGAGACUGAAAUCGUCAGCCUUUUGAUUUAUUAAUUAGACAUUCUGAGUGUAGCUUAAAACCCGGUAUUUCCCUUUCGAAUUGCAACUAAAGUUAUUAUGACUUUAGGAAACUCAGCGAUUGCAAGCCGAACCUGUUCCUGGUAUAACGGCUGUUCCAGAUGAACACAAUGCUAGAUACUUUAAAGUUUCAAUGGAUGGCCCUAGUCAGGUUAGCAUUUUCCCUUUUGUCCUAUUUUAGCUAAGUUGAUUAAUUUUGUCAUCCCUCAUUGGUAUGUUGCGUAGCCGUAAAUUUCUAUACUCGUAGGAUCACUUAAAUUGCUUAAACCAGCUUUUUAUUUUGGUGUAGCCCUAAUAAGAAUUUUCAUCAAAAAAUUAGCCUUCAGGCCCCGGUUGUUCAAACGUUAGAUAGCACUAUCCACCACCGGAUAAAUCACUAUCCAGCGGAUAAGUAUUACGGAAAUCAAUUACGCUAUCCGCUGGAUACUGAUUUAUCCGGUGGAUAGCGCUAUCCAAUGUUUGAACAACCUGGGCCAGGACAUCAAGGUUUAGGAUAAUGGUUAUUCCCCCCCCACCCCCACCCCACUCCUCUUUCAGUUCAUGGGGUUAGGAUCAGGGUUUGUUUUGGGGUUACCAGCCGGCAGUUUAGGGGGGUUGACAAGGUUACAGUGAGGGGGUCCCCUGUGAGUAGGAACAUUUUCAUGGUUAUUGUAGAAUUUGCACAGUCCGAAAAAUAUAGCCUGUCCACAGACAUUUUUUCUUUUUUAAGAAUUGUACAUGUCCGCAAGUGAAGCGAGCACAGCAGAGUGAGCUGGUAGUGCGAUUUUUAUUAUUUGUGCAAAGCAUAAGAAAAAAGAAAGAAAUGUCUAUAGACAUCUUUGGGAAAAAAGUCCCUAUUUUAUGUCAACACCUUGCUAUUAUCACCUCAUUAUCACCCUAUCAUUCACUACACCAGUUACAUUGAACAAAUGAUAUUAAAAACGUUAAAUGUUUGUGAAAUCAGGGAUCAAGCAGUUUUCUGCUGAGCCGUUAACAAGUUCCAAUUCUUAAGAUAAUGUGAAAUGAGUGAUAAGAAUAACUAUUAUUCUCUGCAAACACAAAUGUAUUCUGCUACUGUAUUUUCUUAGUUUUUCUGCAGCAUCAUUUGAUGAUUUUUUUAAGCUGUAAUAAUUGUUGUUUCUCAUGUAGCAAUUGUAAUCAUAUUGUAAAAUUCCAAAAAUAAGCCCCUCCAUGUAUAAGCCCCUCCAAAUAUAAGCCCCUCAAAAUCGUAGUGCAAAAAACCCUCCGUUAAAUUGCCCCUCCUAAUAUAAGCACCCCGGGGGGCUUGUACAUGGAAUUUGCUCUGGAAUACAAAGUAAAACAAAGCAAAAAUGAUAAAUUUCCUUCCCAGUACAAGCUAGUGCAAUCGAUUUUGAAACGCAAAUCUCCCUCCGUACAUAAGCCCCACCGAAUAUAAGCUCCUCAAAAAGGGCCUUUGAAAAAUAUAAGCCCCGGGGCUUAUUUUUGGAAUUUUACAGUAUUUUCAUAACUUAAAUAAGCCUUUGAUAAGUUUGUCAAUGCUAAAUAUCGAUUGUUUGGGUUUUUUUAGUCACCAUUUGAGGGUGGCAAAUUCAUGCUGGAAUUGUUCCUCCCUGAAGAGUAUCCAAUGGCUGCACCAAAAGUAAGAUUCAUGACAAAAAUUUACCAUCCAAACAUUGAUAAACUUGGUCGCAUAUGCCUGGACAUUUUGAAAGGUAAGUAGCUGAUUGAACUGACAUCUCAUUAUCAGGACUUGCUGGUGAGCAAAUUCAUCACGUUAUUGAUUCUAGGAGGAACAGGGAUUGAUAUUUUAUUUUCUACAACUGUAGAUAAAUGGAGCCCAGCUCUUCAGAUCCGUACAGUUCUCCUAUCUAUUCAGGCACUUCUUAGUGCUCCAAACCCUGAUGAUCCUCUUGCUAAUGACGUAGCUGACGAGUGGAAAACAAAUGAGAGCAAAGCCAUUGAAACUGGUAUGUAA